AUGGUUGCAAGCUCACUAUUGAUUUCUGCGAUCAGUAUAUCACUUAAUAAUCUUAGAUCUCCAGCAAUCUCUCUACGACUCUCCCCACUAGCCAUUUGGCAGACGGGAACGACAAAGGAGGAGAAGUUGCGUCUCGCUAUAGCGGCAGAAACGGUGGAGCAAAUUCGUGCGAGAAUACGAGAAUCCACUCAGUUCUUUUGUUCUGGUGGUAUUGCGAACAAUAAGAUGCUAGCCAAACUAGUAUGUUCUCGUCAUAAACCUCGUCAACAAACGUUAAUCCCAUUUGACUUUGUGCCAACUCUCUUUGAAGAGGUGCCUAUCGGGGACGUACGAAUGUUAGGAGGAAAGCUUGGCCACGCUAUUCAGGAGCGGUUAGCCGUUGGGACUAUGGCAGAUCUGGCUGCUGUUCCCUAUGAAGUCAUUGAACGGUACUUUGAAGGACAAGCGCGUUGGAUAAGCCAAUUGGCGAAG